AGUUUGCACUAAUGAAUAUACGCAAUAAAGUAGGUGGUGGGCUGGUUCCUGGCAGACACAGCUAGAUGACUAACGGAGCAGAAAGGGGAAAUGAUUCUUCGAGCAUUUGUCUGUUCUGUUUGAAUGAUUUUGGUGUUAUAGGAUAGUCUACGGAGCACGAUAUCAGGUAGGAUGAGAGACAGACUAGUUGACCUGAAGGGGGUGGCCCCCGCUUCUUCAGACAUGGACGAGGGAGGUCAGGGUCGGGGCACUGAUGACGAGAAACAGCUGGAGCACCAGACAGUGGUGUUCGAAGGCGAAGACAUGAUGGACAGCAUCUUCAGAGAGGUCCAGUCAAUCAGGAAGGAGAUCGCUCUGCUCCAGGUGGAUGUGAAGUGCCUGGGCAAGCAGAACUCCCGAUUCCUCACCUCUGUCCGGAGGAUCAGCUCCAUCAAACGAGACACCAAUGCCCUGGCCAAGGGCAUCAAGACCCGGGGGGAGGGCAUCUACACACGGCUGGAGAAGAUCGGCAUGCAGCACAAAGAUCUGGAAGAAGAGCAUGGUGCCCAUUCUGCUCUGGUCCGCAUGGUGCGCUCACAGUAUGUUUCUCUCACCGGGGCCUUCCACGAGGCCAUGUCUGAGUACAACCAAGCAGAGAUGGGCCAGAGGGAGAACUGCAAGACCCGGAUCCAGCGCCAGGCAAAGAUAAUGGGCAAGGAGGUGACCGGAGAUCAGAUUGAGGAGAUGGUCGAGACGGGAAAGUGGAAUGUGUUCUCCGACAACCUCCUGGCGGACGGGCGGACGGCGCGAUCAGCGCUUACGGAGAUCGAGAACCGGCACAAGGAGCUGGUUGAGCUGGAGAGUCGGAUCAAGGACAUCCAUGAGCUGUUCUUCCAGAUGGCUCUGCUGGUGGAGGAACAGGGGGCCAUGGUGGACAACAUAGAGGCCAACGUAGUCGCAACAACAGACUUUGUGGGCAAGGCCCAGGCUCAGAUCAAGCUGGCGGUGAAGUACAAGAAGGACAACCCCUGUAGGAAGUUGUUCUGUUGCUGUUUCCCAUGCUGCAACAAGUGAGGCAGACAAACCGAUAUUAGUGUUAUUGUUUUAUCUCAAGUCAAGAUCCUCUCAAAAGUGUUUUCAUGGCCAUGACAAUGUAUUUAAAGAAGUAGAAUUAAUCCAUUUGCAGUUGUUUACACAAGUAUGCACUUGAUCCUGAAUAUUUUCAGAUGUACAGUAUGGGUGUUCCAAUGUACACCGAGUGUACAAAAUAUUAAGAACAACUUUUUAAUAUUGAGUUGAACCUACUACCAUUCCCAACUGAAAGGCACUUCAGUAUUUUGUCUUGCCCAUUCACCCUCUGAAUGGCAUACAUUUACAAUCCAUGUCUCCAGACUUAAAAAUCCUUCUUUAACCUGUCUCCUCCCCUUCAUCUACACUGAUAUAAGUGGAUUUAACAGGUGACAUCAACAAAGUAUCAUAGCUUUCACCUGUCAUGGAAAGAGCAGGGGUUCCUAAUGUUUUGUCUACUCAUUGUAUGUUUAAAAUGAUUUCUGCAGUUUGAACGAGGGUGCCAUUUUGUAUGUCAUGCAGCCAUUUCUAUCUCUUAUUGUACAUUAACACCCUUGCCAAGCUGGCGUUAGGAGAGAAGAACCAGUAUCUCGAUGACAAACUGCUGAAGCUAACAUGCCAUAGUGUGAUAUGGGGUGUUCCAUUUCUUUAAUGUUGUAAAAAUAAAACAUUUGUUCGGUGCUCCAGACUGGCAGUUAACAGAAUACUUGAUUAGUCAAUCAAGAAUGUUUACUUGAGUGCAGUUCAAAUGUUUCCUUCUCCCACUAUUCCCUUUAACCUUCAGCUGUAUUGAAUGUUUGAUUAUUUGUCCAUUUUUUAUAUUAUUUAUGUUUUAUGACAGGAUAUUGUGAUUUUUGUGAAUACAAACGCUGUAGAAUGAUGGCCCUUUGUGUUUCAUUUGAGCAUCUAUUUUUUGAUGUACACAAUUACUUGAUCGUGAUGCCUCAUUCUAAACGCAUAAUUGUGAUACAUUUGAGUUUCUUUUCUUGGAGACACAACCGUUAUUGCUACACUGACUGAUAUUGCAACUUGAAGGCAACCUCAAAAUGACUCAACUGGAUUUUACAUUGUGAAGAAAACAAGAAUGUGCCUCAAUUUUUCCAUUGUAUAGUGCACAUCACAUGCAGAUAUCCAAGAGACCAUUGCUUUUUUUAGUGUCCAUCGUGAGUCAAAAACAGGCUCAGAAAAUUCUCAUCAGAUUGCUGUGACGUGUAGGCUAACUUUCAACGUCUGUGUUCCAUAAACCCACCAGCAAGUGAGGUACCUAUCUCUCUGUUUCGACAAUCGCCCAAUCCUAAAUCAACCACUCACUGCUCCUUCCCCACAUAUAUCUAAUGAUCCCGCUGUGUAGAUCUGAAAUGAUUGGAUGCGUAAACGAUAUAGUAAUACUUCCACUAUAUGGACAUCCAUGAGCUGUUCUUCCAGAUGGCUCUGCUGGUGGAGGAACAGGGGGCCAUGGUGGACAACAUAGAGGCCAACGUAGUCGCAACAACAGACUUUGUGGGCAAGGCCCAGGCUCAGAUCAAGCUGGCGGUGAAGUACAAGAAGGACAACCCCUGUAGGAAGUUGUUCUGUUGCUGUUUCCCAUGCUGCAACAAGUGAGGCAGACAAACCGAUAUUAGUGUUAUAUUGUUUUAUCUCAAGUCAAGAUCCUCUCAAAAGUGUUUUCAUGGCCAUGACAAUGUAUUUAAAGAAGUAGAAUUAAUCCAUUUGCAGUUGUUUACACAAGUAUGCACUUGAUCCUGAAUAUUUUCAGAUGUGCAGUAUGGGUGUUCCAAUGUACACUGAGUGUACAAAAUAUUAAGAACAACGUCUUAAUAUUGAGUUGAACCUACUACCAUUCCCACCUGAAAGGCACUUCAAUAUUUUUUCUUGCCCAUUCACCAUCUGAAUGGCACACAUACACAAUCCAUCUUUCCAGGUUUAAACAUCCUUCUAUAACCUGUCUCCCCCCCCCUUCACUGAUUGAAGUGGAUCUAACAGGUGACAUCAAUAAGGGAUCAUAGCUUUCAACUGAUUCACCUUGUCAGUCUGUCAUAGAAAGAGCAGGUGUUCCUAAUGUUUUGUACACUCAGUGGUAUGUUUGUUUACAAUUAUUUAUGCAGUUUGAAUGAGAAUGUGCCAUUUUGUAUGUCAUGCAGCCAUUUCUGCCUCUUACUGUAGAAGAUACAUUUUAUAUUAACACCCUUGCCUAGCUGGUGUUAGGAGAGAAGACCAAGCAUCUUGAUAUCGAACCUCAGAAGCUAACCUGCAAGUGUGAUAUGGGGUGUUCCAUUUCUUUAAUGUAAAAAGAAAACACUUGUUCGAUGCUCCAGGCUGGUAGUUAAAGGAAUACUUGAUUAGUCAAUCAAGAAUGUUUACUUGAUUGCAGUUCAAAUGCUUUCUUCUCCCACUUGUCCUAUAACGUUCUGCUGUAUUGAAUGUUUGAUUUUACUUUUUUUUUUUCUUCAUGACUUGUGUUUGUUGACAGGAUAUUGUGAUUUUUAUGAAUACAAACGCUGUAGAAUGGCC